ACAAGUUAAACCCAAACCAAACGCUCACUAGAAAAUGAUUUCUCUACACUCAUACUCAAUCAUUUUACUUCAAAUCACCAAAUUUGGUCAACAAAUAGAGUACUUUAAACUGAUCAACUAACCUGACCUACACUUCAAGUUUCUAAAGCAUAUCCUAUUUUCUUAAUUUCCCCCAGAUAAACAAAACCCAGAACCCACAAAUCAUUACCAACCCAGACAAAAGAUGCCCAUUUUUAAUCAAGCAAUGAUUUUGAAAAAAAAAUAAAGAAAAAAAGGAUUAGUCAAAGUAAUUAUUGGUUAACAGAAAACAGACCUAGUGGAUUACCCAUCAUUUACUCUCGAAAGUCAGAAUCUCCAACUCAAAUACAAGCAAGGAAGAAUCUUGUUAACUUAUCUUUCCACCAUCAUUUGAAUUUCGAGUGCUCUUUUCCCAUCGAUCCUACCUAUAAGCCCCCAAACUUUCGACGAUUUCUAUAUAUUCAAAUUAAAAUAUUCAUCGAUCAAUUUUUUUGUGUGUUUUAUAUAAUUCAUUUCUUUAUCCAAAUCCUUUCCAUCGAUCAAUAAAUUAGCCUAUGCGUUCUCUUCCCUCUUCUGCAAUCCCAGGAUAACUAACACAACUGAAAAACCAAACCAUGUUCCCAUAUUUCAGGUACAUCUUCUUCUUCUUCAUAUGCCUCUGCUUCCUCUGUUUUUCCCGCCCUUCCUUUCCCGCCAGAAUUUUACCGGAAUCAGUAACUGUAUUAACCGCCGCAUCCGACGUCCACAACGCCACAUGGCACGACUUCUCAAGGUUUCUAGACGCCGGGAAAGGAAGCCUAGUCAGUGGCAUGUCCGAGCUUAAGAACUACUUCCACCGUUUUGGCUACUUACCCAAUUCCAACUUCACUGAUUUUUUUGACAUAGAAUUUGAGUCCGCCUUGACGCUAUACCAGUCCAAGCUGAGCCUGCCCAUCACAGGCAAGCUGGACACGGACACCAUCUCGGCGAUCAUUUCACCGAGGUGUGGUGUCAGUGACACAUCGCAACAUACGGCCCUACAUGCGACGCGUCACUUCGCCUACUUCUACGGCAAGCCGAGGUGGGCGCGCCCUUCCCCCGUAUCGCUCACAUACGCUUUCUCCCCCAAUCACAUGGUCAGUUAUCUGAACCCAUCAGAUGUUCGUGACAUUUUUCACCGCGCUUUUUCGCGGUGGUCGGCGGUGAUCCCUGUGAACUUCACUGAGACCGACGACUACGCUUCCGCGGAUAUCAAAAUAGGGUUUUACCGCGGCGACCACGGUGACGGGGAGCCGUUCGACGGGGUGUUGGGGGUGCUGGGGCAUGCUUUUUCGCCCGAGAACGGGAGGUUCCACCUGGACGCGGCGGAAUCGUGGGCCGUUGAUUUCAAAACGGAUAAGUCAAAGGUGGCGAUUGAUUUGGAAUCGGUGGCGACUCAUGAGAUAGGGCAUGUACUCGGGCUGGCUCACACCUCGGUCAAGGAGGCCGUUAUGUACCCGAGCCUGAGUCCUCGGACCAAGAAGGUGGACCUCAAGAUUGAUGACGUGGAAGGUGUCCAAGCUUUGUAUGGGUCAAACCCUAAUUUCAAGUUUAGCUCAUUGCAGAGUGAAAAUUCUUACAAUCAUGCGGUUUCUUUGGAGUCAAGGUCUUCCUCUAAGUGGUCCAUUUUUUUAACACUCACCACCACUUUGGUAUUGCUCUUACGCCUUUAUUUGGCCAUCUGAGAAUGAUUGGUAGCCUCCAAUUUCUUUUUUUAACCUUUUUUUUUUUUAAUUUUUAAAUUGGUUGAAAAUUUUUAUACUUGUAUUCUUUGUAGUGAAAUUGUAGGGACAAAAUACUAAUAGAAAGUUAAAAAGAAUUCUUUCUAUAUCA